AUGCGCUAUGAUGAGCGGUACACACCAUAUGUAAGGGAGACAGGACUUCUCCCUUUCAUUCAGUUGGUCAGCCGGUCGAUGCCACCCAACAAUGCUGCAACACUCACCGCGCUUAUUGAUCAUUGGAGGCCGGAGACACACAGUUUCCAUCUUCAGACCGGGGAGAUGACCGUGACGCUCCAGGAUAUGGCUAUGAUCACCGGUCUUCCUAUCGAUGGGAAUCCUCUAUGUAUGAACACCGAUUCUGAUGGGUGGCGCGCGCAAAUGCAUGCCCUUAUCGGUAUGGUUCCUCCGGAGCCUCGGGAACCAGAAGCAAAACACAAGAAGAAGGAAAGAGUCGCAACCGGUGCUCCUUUCACGUGGAUUACAAUGCACUUUGGUACUUGCCCUGAGGAAGCUAAUGAGGACACGGUCAAGACAUAUGCUCGUGUCUACAUGUGGUACGUGAUAUCCAGGACUAUGUUUGCUGACGGCACAGGCAAGAAUGCUCCAUGGAUGUAUCUGAAGGCGUUGACCGUCUUCGAUAGCAAAUGGAGUUGGGGUUCGGCGACACUGGCUUACUUGUACAGACAGUUGGAUGAAGCCUGUUGUAGGCCAUCUGGAGGUAUUGGUGGUUGUAUGCUCGCACUUUCCAUAUGGAGCUGGGAGCGUUUGCCGGUUGGACGACCAAAGACCGUGAAGUAUGAGGAUUGGGACGACAAAGACGACCCACUACGGCUCCCCACUUGGGCUUACAAGUGGGAUGUGUUAAAUGAGACGACAAAUGAUCCCUCGGUCAUGUACAAGUUGUACAAGAGCGAGCUGGACGCGAUCACGCCUGAGCAGGUGGAAUGGGAGUCGUAUGGAAAAGGAGAGAGUUUUCGUAACCCUAUAGAGUUCAGGUUGAAUCCGAUGUGCACUAGGGAUAGGUAUCUCUGGCAUAUGCGGUGCCCACUCAUAUGCAACUGGGUGGUUGAGCUUCACCUGCCACAUCGGGUGUUCCGCCAGUUUGUUUUGUUCCAGCCACACCCGCCGGAGUGGGAGGACACCGACAAGUUGCUACACGCGUUGGAUAGGAAAAAGCAGCGGAAGAUCAAGGAUUGGGCCAAGCAUCACAGGAAGUAUGUCGUACAUUUCGUGCUUAGUGUGGAGCAAGCUAGGGCUGGAAAACGAGCCCAGCUUCCUGAGCACUGCCCGAUCGCGUUCAACAACUAUCUCACAUGGUUUCUUGGAAGUACCCAUGUGGAGGUAUGCAAGCCGGCGUAUGCUGAGGAGAUUUUGGAAGAUCCCACCAUUUUUGAUGAGCUAGCCCAGCACCAGUACAACACAUUAGUCGGGAAAGGCAACUCAGUGAUCCCUUCAGCUCCAGUGAUGAGCUUUGUGAGUGCCCAGAUCAAGAAAGCAGCUGAUGAGACCGAGACUAUUCUGGAAACAACCCCGGCUGGCAAAAGCGAUGGGGAAGCGUCAGGGCCAAAAGUUAAGGCGGCUAUCAAACCUUUUUGGUUGUCGUGA